UCAUUGAUCUAUCUAUAUAUACACACUGAGUCAUUCUUUCUAUCAUUAACCAAAAACAAGCAAUCCACUAACUUUAAUCCUUUCAUACAUCUUCAAAAGCUUCAAAAGAACUCAAACGUUCAGCAACAAAAAUAAAACGAAAUGGCUUUGGUGAGGAGUCUAUUGGGUGCAAAGAAGAUGCUUGGAGCUGCAACAAGCAAAAGAGCAACCUCGGCUGCACCAAAAGGUUUUCUUGCGGUGUACGUAGGAGAGAGCCAGAAGAAGAGAUAUGUGGUGCCAAUCUCAUACUUAAGCCAGCCUUCAUUUCAAGCUCUUCUCAGCAAAUCAGAAGAAGAGUUUGGGUUUGAUCAUCCAAUGGGUGGCUUAACCAUCCCUUGUCCUGAAGAUACUUUCAUCAACGUUACUUCUAGGCUUCAGUGAUGAUCCAACAUAUUGUUCAUCUAGUUAGAGAUAGACUUGUUCCUUGUAAAUAGAGGAAUUUUUUUCUCUUCUUGAAAGAGUUGUUCUAUAUUUUUUAAGUGAAGAUCUAUGUUAAUGCCAUAUAUUUUUUUAAAAGUGAAUACCAUUCAAUUUUUUUAAAAAAAAAAACUCACCAGAGAAUCUUUACAAAGCAUGAAGAACAAAAAUCAUGUUGCUUGUCCUCCAGUCAACCAGAUAAAAACAUAUGAAACGCAUAUCUAUGUGAAACUCUGUUUUUUGUACAUCACAAGUUUCAGCUCAGUAAAGUCUCUCGGCUCCAAAACAAUGAUAUCGGUCAUAAAACAGAGUUAAUCUUUGUAAAUAGAUAGACACCUUUUCCUUUGAUCAUACAAAAACAUUAAGAAAAACUUCCCACAUAAUCAGCAGAUUUCGUUUGUCAAGUAAAAUGUGUAAUGUGUUACUGAAUGCUUGCUCUGUCUUACUUCUAGCAAAUGUCAUGUGAUCCAACGUAUCCAAAACACUGAGAUAAUCGAGCCAUACCAAAGCUGUUUAAAUCUGUCUCAAAACGAGGUAUCCUCUGCAUAUAAGUGGUCUUUAGGGUCAUUUGAUUGUGCAGUGAGAUCACUGAGAUGGUAAUCUUAAGAUUAAAAUAUAAUUGUCAUAAGACAAGAAUAUUAAUGAAGAUAAAAAAAGCUAAUUUGUCAUAAGACAAGAAUCUUAUAUUUGUUUGUGUUCUUAGAAAUAUGGCAUAGACAUUUGAGCUUUGUAACCUCUUGUAACUCUUUCUUAACAAAGAAUGAGGAAAACAGCUAACAUAUUUACAUUGAAUAAUUCUAUAUAUCUAACUUGGGCUAACUAAUGUCAGUUUUCUUCUUCUUCUUGAACAUCUUCAUUGAAACUGAGACGUCACAUUGAUGAAGGUAUCUUCAGGACAAGGAAUCGUCAAGCCACCCAUUGGAUGAUCAAAUCCAAACUCUUCCUCGGAUUUGCUGAGAAGCGCUUGAAAAGAAGGCUGGUUCAAGUAUGAGAUUGGCACCAAAUAUCUCUUCUUCUGGACCUGGUCUUCACCAACGUACACCGCAAGAAACCCCUUUGGUGCCGAAAAUGUCCUUUUGCUUGUAACCGGUACAGAAAAGUUAAUAAUCCUCUUUGCACCCAAGAGACCUCUAAACAAAGCCAUUUUCUUGUGUCUGGAAAAUUGAAAUUUGAAGCUUCUGAAAAAAGGUUAGAUGCUCAGAUUCAAGGUUUGGAUUGCUUUAUGAAGACUUGGUUAUGUCUCUGGAUUUAUAAUAAAUAGAUUGAUGGACUGAAAACCACCCUGGAACCAUUGAAGGCAUGGGACAUACAGAAAGAGAGUAUCACAUGGUUCUGUCUUCUAGAGAUGAUAGAUGACAAGAAACGAAACCUAACGAGCAUCAUCUGUUUGUUUUCUCAUGUCUGUCUAAUAAAUGAAGAGAAGAAAUGAAGGUACUCAAUUUUUCUUACGUAUAACUGUCCUGUGUGAACCUAGUUGUUGAUAUAACCAGAGAACAACUUGACCUGUGAAAGAGACUUGUUGUUCUGUUGUUAAGAAACUUAAGGUCCACACUUAUAGUUCUUAUUAACUAAAUCCAUUUAGACCACAGAGUCAUGAGGGAAUAUGAUCACCACAGAACAUGAAGAACAGAAACUUGCUGGUCUUUAUUAUUGACAAUGGCAUAUGUCUUAUCUAAACAAACAUUGGGAAAACAAGCCCUUGUGUAUUGCAUAUGGAGUAUGUCUUUAAUAUAUUGUCCUACUUAUCAAUCAAGACAAAUUGCAAUAAACUAAAGGUCUCCAAAUGCAAAAGACAGAACCAUGUGCAACUGUGUUCUCGUUUGUCCAACGCUUCAAGACCACAAGUUUCAAAGAUUUUUCAAAGUCUUCAACUCAUUCACUACUCUAUAUAUAAUACACAAAUCCCACUCUUUCCAUCAUCAACCAGCAAGCAGCAAUCCAAUAACUUGAAUCUUUUCAUACAUCUCUUCCAAAGAGUUUAAAAUUUCAGACAAAUGGCUUUGGUUAGAAGUUUAUUGGGUGCAAAAAAGAUUCUUGGUCGUUCCGUAACAGCAACAGCUUCUACAAGCAAAAGAGCAACCAUGGCGGCACCACCAAAAGGGUUUCUUGCGGUGUACGUUGGAGAGAGCCAGAAGAAGAGAUAUGUGGUGCCAAUCUCAUACUUGAGCCAGCCCUUAUUUCAAGCUCUCCUCAGCAGAUCUGAAGAAGAGUUUGGGUUUGAUCAUCCAAUGGGUGGCUUAACUAUCCCUUGUCCUGAAGAUACUUUCAUCAAUGUUACUUCUCGGCUUCAUUGAUGAUUAUCCAUCAUAUUGUUCAUCUAAUUAGAGAUAGACUUGUACCUUGUUAAUAGAUGAUUUUUUUCUCUUCUUCUUGAAAGAGUUGUUCUAUAAUUUUUUGAAAGUGAAUGACAUAGACACAAUUCGCUCAAUAA